GAUUUCUUCUACCUAUUUCAGGUGGCGUAUACAUCUACCUUUACUACUAAUAAUAUUUUAAGUAGUUAUGUAGCUACUAGGCUCUAUCCCUAUAAUCCUAAAGUUGUACUUAAACAGUUUAAAACUACUACAUUACAACAAGAUAACAGCUUAAAAAGUAGAGAGGUUGGAGAUGGAGAUAGCUGGCGUACGCUGUUAAGAUUAUUUAACGUUGCGGUACAAGAUAAGUUAAUAGCUACAGCUAAAGAGCUCUGCUAG